AAGUCCUGGCAGCUUGUGUGCAGUAGUGCACUAUAGAACGGAAGCUGUGUGUUUGUGUUAAUGUGUGGCGGUGUGUGUGUGUGUGUGUGUUUUUGUUAAUGUGUGGCGGUGUGUGUGUGUGUCCUGAUUCUAGAAGGAAGGUGUCACGGUGCGCUUCGGUCACAUUGUUUUUCUAGUCCCCCGCCCCGGUGUCCUUCAGGAAAGGCUGGUCUGAAGGACGCACGGUGACAUUUGUGUAGUGUAUAUGUAUCUUUAAGGACGGCGGGGGGUGGCGGUUGUUGUGAGUCCGAGCAAUGUAGCCUGCUUGGCGGCGUGGCCGACCCCACCUGCUCCCUCCGGCCGAGGAACGACACGAGCUGGGAUGUCGAUGGUGUCAUCGGGAUAUGAAAGUUGAACAUUCUCUUUUUCCGCAGGAUCAUCACCCAGACAGAGAAACCUGGAAAUGGAGCCGGACAACAUGAGCCAAAGCCAGAUGGCAGCAGACGACCCUAAUAGAGCAGCAGGCACAGUGAUGUCUCAAACAACCACACCGAAUCCAUCAGAUCCAACACGUGAGCCCACCGCUGGGCCACAUGCCGCUAUUGCCAGGCCUCGUCGGCCACAGAGGAGUACCAGAGUAGAAGGUUCUCUCGACAUAUCCGAACCCAAAGCGGAGCCCACAACAGUGGACAACCAGGGCCAGUGUGCUCCUGAUGGCGCGGCAGCAAGUCGCGCAAAACCUGCUUUCAGACCCUCGGGGGACAAACCGAGCAUCAAGACUGGUCCUAAAGGUCCAGGACACCAGGCGAUCAGAGCUGCCUCAGUGCCCCACCCACCUGCCAACAGGCCUUUACCCUCUCACCUGAACCCUCACACCCAGAGAGCUCUGUCGGUUGCAGGAACUGCUGACACUCAGGCCCAGACUGUGGAGGAUUUCAGGGUGCACAUCAUCACCUGGAACGUGGGUUCGGCCACGCCCCCUGAUGACAUCACCUGCUUGCUGGGUUUGAAUGUAGGUGAUGGAAACACAGACAUGUACAUCAUCGGGCUGCAGGAAGUGAACUCUAUGAUUAACAAACGGCUGAAAGAUGUCCUCUUCACGGACCAGUGGAGCGAGGUCUGCAUGGAGAGACUCAGCCCCUUUGGAUACGUGCUGGUGACCUCUCAGAGGAUGCAGGGAGUGUUGCUGCUGGUUUUUGCCAAGUACUACCAUCUGCCUUUCCUCCGAGGAGUCCAGACUGAGACCACCCGCACCGGCCUGGGGGGUUACUGGGGGAACAAAGGCGGAGUCAGCGCCCGCAUGUCAGUUUUUGGACACACAAUCUGCUUCCUCAACUGCCACCUGCCGGCUCACAUGGAAAACUCCUAUCAGCGCAUGGAGGACUUUGAGAGCAUCCUGCAGCAGCAGCAGUUUGAAGGCCAAGCAGCUUCUGGCGUUCUAGACCAUGAUGUGGUGUUCUGGUUUGGUGAUCUCAAUUUCCGCAUCGAUGACUUGGAAAUGCAAGUGGUAAAAACAGCCAUCGACAAUAACAAACUUUCCAUGCUGUGGGAAAAAGAUCAGUUAAACAUGGCAAAGGACAGUGAGACUGUGUUGGAGGGAUUCCAUGAGGGACCGCUCAAAUUCCCCCCGACAUACAAGUUUGAUGUAGGGACCAAUAUGUACGACACAAGUGGGAAGAAGCGUAAACCAGCUUGGACCGACCGGAUCCUGUGGCGCUUGAGAGGCACAGCGCCUGCUGCCAGUACAGGGAAGCGUGGUUCAGUUUCAGGGCUGACCAGCGGGACCAAAGUGACACAGCAUUACUACCGAAGUCACAUGGAAUAUAUGGUCAGCGACCAUAAACCCGUCUCUUCUAUCUUUACCUUGCAGUUUCCUUACAAGGUGGAUGUCCCCUUGGUGACACUCCAGGUGGAAGAUGAGUGGAAUAGUAUUGCUGAGGCCAUAACCAAAUUCAAACUAGCACCCAACUAUGCUCGCAGUUCCUGGGACUGGAUUGGACUUUACAAGGUGGGAUUCAAACACCACAAGGACUAUGUGGGAUACGUGUGGGCCAAACAAGAAGAAGCAGAUUUUCAAAGACAAGAGCACCAGGUAACCUUUACGGAAGAGGAAUUGCCUAAAGGCUCAGGGGAUUUUAUCUUGGGUUACUACAGCAACAACAUGAGCACCAUCGUCGGCGUAACUGAGCCAUUUCAGAUCCAGCUUCCCACUUCAGGCCAGGACGUCAGCUCUUCAGACAGCUCUGACUUCAGCUCCGAGGACGACAGCACUGUCGUUCUCACAAAGUCGAGGUCCCGAAGUCCCAGUCCUCACAAGGGCAAGCGUCACCGCCGCCGUCGCAACCACAGCCGCAGCCGCUCUGAAAGUCCUGUGCAGAGCCAAAUGAAGGAGAUAACUGCCCCCACAACUUUAGUCACGUCUGAAUGUGAGUCCACCAAACGUCCAGCAGAGGGCAGCCAGAAGUCUGAUUCUGAGGAGACCAACAAACAGAGGGAGGAGACUGGAGUGAUAUGAGCAUGUUGUCACAAGCCACUAAAUCAAUUGUUUUUUUUUUUCUUUUAUGCAUCUACAUGUUUUAUCUCGUGAAAAUGCGCAAUUUUUGAUGCCAUCGGUUUUAUUUUUCCAACCGCCUGGUUCCUUUCGAGCAGGGGUUUUCUUCCGAGGGAGAUAUAGCAGCUUGAGAGCGAUAAUGAAAAGCCUUUUUCAAACACACUAAAGGCAAAAAUAAUAGGAUUUUCAUUUCUACAAUAAUUCUGUGCAUAAAUCCACAACUGUAUUAUACAAUUGCACUUUGAAAACCCCUGCUUUAGAGGUUGUCCUAAAUGUUUCAUCGCGUCCUGUAUUUUCUCAAUCGUGCAUUGUUUGCUUCUUAAUAUUUUGAGGGCAUUUUCACGCAUUGUGGCCGGUCGAGCUCAUUUGUUUAUCCCAACGUUUGGACAGCAAAUACAUCAGGGCGCAACUGAACGAUGACAUUUCUCAGAUCGAGAUCUUGCUCAGGUUGCACACUCCAGGUGCUUCGCAUACUGCCAUGUGACAAAGCACAGAUACCCUUGCAUUGGUAGUGUUUGAAAGAAACACAUCAUACUGCGGCCAUCUGCAGUCAUUCUAGGUGUUUCAACCAAAAAGAAAAACAUUGAAAAAUGUUAAGACAACAAAGUAGCCAAGCAGUCCCAACAGUUACAUCUGCAGACACGCUAUCAGCACAAGGUCACAUGAUCACCCACCAUUCCCUUUGAAAAUACACUGGUUUUAUCAAACAUAAUUGCAAAGCGGUUUCGCCGUGCAAUUCCAACGUGUGGUUCUACAAUGGUGUACAGUGGGGCAAAAAAGUAUUUAGUCAGCCACCGAUUGUGCAAGUUCUCCCACUUAAAAUGAUGACAGAGGUCUGUAAUUUUCAUCAUAGGUACAUUUCAACUGUGAGAGACAGAAUGUGAAAAAAAAUCCAGGAAUUCACAUUGUAGGAAUUUUAAAGAAUUUAUUUGCAAAUUAUGGUGGAAAAUAAGUAUUGGUCCCAUUCAUUCUUUCCUUAACACGGAUCAAUCGUCCUGUCCCCUUAGCAGAAAAACAGCCCCAAAGCAUGAUGUUUCCACCCCGAUGCUUCACAGUAGGUAUGGUGUUCUUGGGAUGCAACUCAGUAUUCUUCUUCCUCCAAACACGACAAGUUGAGUUUAUACCACAAUGGAUACAUGGCUGAUACAGCAGAGGAUUGGGAGAAUGUCAUGUGGUCAGAUGAAAGCAAAAUAUAACUUUUUGGUAUAAACUCAACUCGUCGUGUUUGGAGGAAAAAGAAUACUGAGUUGCAUCCCAAGAACACCAUACCUACUGUGAAGCAUGGGGGUGGAAACAUCAUGCUUUGGGGCUGUUUUUCUGCUAAGGGGACAGGACGAUUGAUCCGUGUUAAGGAAAGAAUGAAUGGGGCCAUGUAUCGAGAGAUUUUGAGCCAAAACCUCCUUCCAUCAGUGAGAGCUUUGAAUGGUUGACCAAAUACUUAUUUUCCACCAUAAUUUACAAAUAAAUUAUUUAAAAUUCCUACAAUGUGAAUUCCAGGAUUUUUUUUUACAUUCUGUCUCACAGUUGAAGUGUACUUAUGAUGAAAAUUACAGACCUCUGUCAUCAUUUUAAGUGGGAGAACUUGCACAAUCGGCGGCUGACUAAACACUUUUCUGCCCCACUGUAUACAGUGUUCCUAAAUAUCCAAGGAGAAACAAAAUUGAUAAAUGCACACCUUUUAGGGUUUAGGGGGGCACUGCUACUCCAGCCGUGUCAGCAGCAGAGAGUGAAUGUGAGAGUAAAGGGCUUUAAAUAAACCCUCCAGCCCCCUAAAUGAGCACAGUGAGAAGUGGCGCCCUGUGGGUGGAUCACUGUCAGCUGACACAGCACAGCUGUCGAGCCAGAACUCAUUUUUAUUGGCUGUAGGGCAGCUGAUAUUGUCGGACCGAUUAGGACGAGGCUUUUAACGUGACUCGCAUGGGCCUCGACAAACAAACACAAAAAAAAUCAGUGAAAAUAAGUACUUGCGUCAUUUGCUUCUUGCAUGAUGACAUUCCAGUUGAUAUGAAACGUAAAAACUACUAAAUGGGAGUAAAAACUCUACCAUGUAGAGCAACCACAGGGCUUCGCAUUUGCAUUGUGAACCAAAUGUGAUCAUUCAUCUUAUACUUACUGUAUAUGCUCAGUUUGAUGUCAUUUUUGCUCUGUUAUCUUUUUUUUGUCAUCUCAUUGACGAUUCUCCUUCACAGAUUGGGGUUGAUUGACAUUAGUGAGAUUAGUUGUGUUACCUUGUGACCCCUGAUGACCCGACUAAGACACUUUGCGGCUCUUAGCGUGUAGGAAAGUAUUGUGUAGCUGUAAUCUCAUUGUGUAUGUGUGGCGGAAUUGUGUUUUGAUAGCGACGGGUCAAAUGAUGCCUAUAUAUGAAACGGAAGGGGCGGCACUCUGUCCUUUGAAGCCUCGAUGUGUAUGUCGCUUUAAGGAAAAAAAAUAUAUAUGUGACUGAUACAGGCCAAACUGUGGUAAUUAGGAAGUGUUUUUUAACUGUUCAAAAGUGACAGUUCAUACAGUUGUAGAACUGGCGUACCAUGUUUGGUAUUAGUUUUUGUCAGUGGUUCUUAACCUUGUUGGAGGUACCGAACCCCAUCGGUUUCAUAUGCGCAUUCACCGAAAAACAAAAUGUCUUGUUUUUAUUCAAAUUUAAGACAAAGUUGUAGGUUUUUGGUACCACUCAAGUAUGUGGAACAUAUUCUAAGUAACAAAGACUUAAUUUAGCGUUAUUUGGACACUAGAGGAGCAUAUUCUAAGUAAUAAAGACUUAAUUUAGAGUUAUUUGGUUAGGGUCAGGGUUAGAGGGUUAGGGUUAUUAUAACGCCAUGCUGAAUAAGGCAUUAAUAAGUACUUAAUAGUUAAGAGCAAAAAUUUAACUAAUUUGCAUGUUAAUAAGCAAUUAAUUAAUGGUGAAUAUGUUCCCCAUACUAAAGUGUUACCAUGUUUUUUUUACUGAUGCACAAAAUGAACCGUGCAUGAACAUCACCUUGUUCAAAGAACAAAACCAACACAGUGCAUAAACUCACAACAAAUUACACACCUGCAGAUCAGUCAGCUGUUGCCGCAUCCGUAACACACUGAUAGGGAGAAGUUUUUAUUUGCACGAUGAGUCGGGUGUGUUUUGACCUCCGCCGAACCCUUAGGAUCCGAUCGAAGCCAGGUUAAGAACCACUGAUCUAAAUUGAACUAAGAAAAGGAUGAACUUUCAAAGUGUGGGAUAAUUUUUUAUCUUAUUGCACCAGAUAAGCUCCUUUUCCCUGCAAUUAGGCUCAUUAACCAAAGUUUUGUGUUUCAUAACUUUUGAAUUGUUUUAAUCCAGCAAAGGGUGGCUGACCAUUAUGAAACAAUAGCACAGUAUCAGUGCAGUGUCCAUACAGCCAGCGAGUGUGCCACACGCUCACUGAGGUGUCAUUUACCCAUCACUAGUGUUUGAUGCGACUGCGUUUGCAUGGUGUGGACAUACUCUACAUUCCGGUGCUGUGAUUUUUGUGCUGUCAAGUGCUGUUUUUGACUUUUUGUCAUACCUGUGAAAGUUGUGACAAAAUUUAGCAAUGGUACAGUAAAAGUGGUUUAAAAAUGUAACUUCCAUGUAAAUGUUAGGUGAAGAACAAAUCUGAAGCUGUCAAAUGAUUUCAAAGUGUAUUUUAAGUAUGUUAUUUAUUUGGAAAUGAAGAUAUAGUAUAAUGAACCUUUUUGUGUAGAGUAAGAUGUUAUAAAAAUGAAUAGAUUGUGAGGUGAAUUAGAUAAAUUGCAGUCAUUAUUAGUGACUAAUGUGAAGAGAAAAAACUGUACAGAAUGUAAUUGUCAAGAUAAAUACUGUAUGUAUGAAUGAUACAAAUGAAAUAUGGAUAGCAGACAAUCUAUGCCACAAAGUUUAUUUUUCCUUGAAUUGUGUAUUUAUUUUCUUAUUUAGAUAUAUAUGUAAAUUUUAAAUGAACCUGAAUUCUGCUGGCCAGUGAGGGAGCAUUAUUUCAGUGGAAAUGUUUUCUUUUUCUUUUUUUCUUUACGUUAUGAGUGAGCCUGUUUGCUGCAGGUUGGACAUCUUUCUUUUACUGAAUGAAGAGUAGACUGUUUAGUCUACAUGUUUGUAUGAUUGCUACAGAAAAGUAUUUAAAUGCUAAUGAAUCUAAAUGUGUGAGACAUUUGACUUGAUAUUUGGCAUAUGAGACCAUAGGGAUUCCCAUAAGUGCAAAGAAACUAUAUAAACAUCCCUUUAAAAUCG